AAGAUUGAAAAAUGAGGAAGCUAAAAUAUCACGAGCAGAAACUGCUGAAGAAAGUGGAUUUUAUCAAUUGGGAAAUCGACAAUAACGAACAAAUCUUGAAAAUCAUGUGCAGAUUCAACCUGCGUAAAAGAGAAGAGUACAUCGCAUACAAACAACUUGUAGCCGAAGUCCGUCAGUUAGCCGAAAAACUGAAAGAGCUCGACACGAACGACAAGUUUCGAAAUGUAAAUGUCAUUCGGCUAGUUGAAAAAUUAUACUUAAUGGGCGUUAUUCCGACGAAUCGAAACUUUGCGGAAAUUGACAAGCUUUGUGUAUCGUCGUUUUGUCGCCGAAGAUUACCGGUGGUUAUGCAGAAGCUAAACAUGUCAGAAACGCUUCAAAUUGCGACACAGAGGGUAGAACAUGGACAUGUGAAAGUAGGAACAGAACUUGUGACAGAUCCAGCAUUUUUGGUGACGCGGCGGAGCCAAGAUUUGAUCACUUGGACAGAAAAUUCGAAGAUCAAACGACACAUUGCUGCGUAUAACGAAGAACUUGAUGAUUUUGACCUUAUGGAUUAAUAAUCUUGUUUUGAAUAGAAGUUUUACCGAUACUGUGAAAAUUAUUGGAUAAAAGAAUUAGAGUUUAGCAUUGACAUUUGAGUUGA